AUGGGUCCGGACAGCCCUCCUCGUCCCCAUCACCAUCCCAUCAAGCGAUAUUUAAAAGUUGUAUUUAUAUUGGUUUUACAAAUGUUUGAUAGCGGCUCCAAGACCCAAUAUCUUGGUGGACAGAGGGAAAAGUUUCUAAGGUUGGAUGAUAGACUGUCAUCCCCAUCAGCCUCGGUUGCAACAAACAAAUGUGGCUUCAGCAUUGAUGGUUUAGGCCAUUCUGGUCAUACAGCUACUACGUCUAAGUCGUUCAAGAGAGGAAUGAGGAGAGGGUCUGAAGGACUCAAGUCAAUCGGACGAUCACUGGGAUUUGGUGUUUCUCCGGCAGUGUUUCCAGAAGAUCUUAAUGCAUCUGAGAAGAAGAUAUUUGACCCUCAGGACAAAUUUCUUAUGCUUUGGAACAAGCUUUUUGUCAUAUCAUGUAUUCUAGCUGUGUCUGUGGAUCCACUGUUUUUCUUUCUUCCUGUUUUUGAUAAAUCAUCAAAAUGCCUAGGGAUAGACCGAAAGCUAGCUAUCACAGCUACAACUUUGCGCACAGUUAUCGAUGCAUUUUAUCUCAUUCACAUGGCUCUCCAAUUCCGGACAGCUUAUAUUGCCCCAUCAUCUCGGGUUUUUGGAAGAGGUGAACUUGUCAUAGAUUCUGCACAAAUCGCUAAAAGAUACUUGCGAUGCUAUUUUAUCUUAGAUUUUCUCUCGGUGCUUCCCCUACCACAGGUUGUAAUCUGGAGAUUUCUGCGGAGAUCAAAUGGCUCGGAUGUACUGGCUACAAAACAAGCGCUUUUUUUUAUCAUUUUGUUUCAGUAUUUCCCUAGAUUUAUUCGAAUUUUGCCCUUAACUUCGGAACUGAAAAGGACCACUGGUGUUUUUGCUGAAACUGCGUGGGCUGGUGCUGUGAACUAUUUGCUGCUGUACAUGCUUGCCAGUCAUAUAGUUGGGGCUUUCUGGUAUUUAUUAUCAGUGGAGCGAAACGAUACAUGCUGGCAAAAAGCUUACGUAGAUAACAAUCCACCAUUUGAUUUUGGAAUCUUUAAGCAGGCUUUGUCGUCUGACAUAGUUUCAUCAAAAAACUUCUUGUCUAAAUAUUGCUACUGUCUCUGGUGGGGACUGCAAAAUUUGAGUACACUUGGCCAGGGACUUCAAACCAGCACCUACCCAGGGGAGUCUAUAUUCAGCAUUGCAUUAGCUAUUUUGGGCCUCAUUCUUUUUGCUCUAUUGAUUGGAAACAUGCAGACGUAUCUCCAGUCUCUUACUAUUCGACUUGAGGAGAUGAGAGUUAAAAGGCGCGACUCAGAGCAAUGGAUGCAUCAUCGCUUGCUCCCACCAGAUCUUAGGGGAAGGGUUAGAAAGUAUGAUCAAUACAAAUGGUUGGAAACACGUGGAGUAGAUGAAGAGAGUUUGGUUCAGAGUCUGCCAAAGGAUCUUAGAAGAGACAUAAAGCGCCAUCUUUGUCUGGCUUUGGUCAAGAGGGUUCCACUGUUUGAGAAUAUGGACGAGAGAUUGCUAGACGCCAUAUGUGAACGACUGAAACCUUGUCUAUAUACUGAAAAUACUUACAUAGUUCGAGAAGGAGAUCCAGUUGAUGAAAUGCUAUUCAUCAUACGUGGACGUCUAGAAAGUGUGACAACGGACGGUGGGAGAAGUGGUUUUUUCAACCGCAGUAUGCUAAAAGAGGGAGAUUUUUGUGGUGAAGAGCUUCUAACUUGGGCACUUGAUCCCAGAUCCGGUUCCAACCUCCCGUCUUCUACUCGAACAGUGAAGGCAUUGACAGAGGUUGAGGCUUUUGCCCUAACAGCCGAUGAACUAAAAUUUGUUGCAGGUCAGUUCAGACGGCUUCACAGCAGACAGGUUCAACACACCUUCCGGUUUUAUUCACAGCAGUGGAGGACCUGGGCUGCGUGCUUUAUCCAAGCAGCCUGGAGGCGGCAUUGCAAAAGGAAACUUAUGGAGCUUCAUAGGAAGGAAGAAGCAGCCGAAGAGUUAGCUAGGGCCAGCACAAAUGCCAGUGGAGGCUCAUAUAGCAUUGGCGCGACGUUCUUGGCAACAAGAUUUGCAGCAAAUGCUCUCAGGGGAGUACACAGAAAUAGGAAUCUUAAGAGUGCUCGGGAAUUGGUGAAACUCCAAAAGCCACCAGAGCCCGACUUUACUGCCGAUGCAGAUUGA